AUGACGAUCAACGUGGGAGGAAUUAUCGCCAUCGUCAUCUUCUACCUCCUCAUCCUCGCCGUCGGAAUCUGGGCGGCGAAGAAGAAACCUGAAGGAGAGGAUGACGCAGACGAUGUUAUGUUAGCCGGGAGAAGCAUAGGAAUAUUUGUGGGGAUAUUUACGAUGACAGCGACGUGGGUUGGCGGAGGCUACAUAAACGGAACAGCAGAAGCGGUCUACGAUACGGGCUUGGUGUGGUGUCAGGCGCCCUUCGGUUACGCUCUUUCCCUAAUCUUCGGCGGCGUGCUCUUCGCUAACAAGAUGCGCUCCCAAGGUUACGUGACAAUGCUGGACCCGCUGCAGGACAAAUUUGGGGAGCGCAUGGGAGGCCUUCUGUUCCUGCCGGCGCUGUGUGGAGAGGUGUUCUGGUCAGCUGCUAUCCUCGGGGCCCUGGGAGCUACCCUCAGUGUGGUGUUGAAUCUGGACAACAGCAUUGCAGUGAUUCUUUCUGCCUGCAUCGCCGUCUUCUACACUCUGUUUGGUGGUCUCUAUGCUGUAGCUUAUACUGAUGUCAUUCAACUAAUUUGCAUUUUCAUCGGUCUGUGGCUGUGCAUUCCCUUUGCCUGGAACCAUCCUGCGGUGGGGGACGUGAUCGGGACGGAGAAAGACUGGAUCGGGGAGGUGGACAACUCAGAUCUGGGUCUUUACUUCGACUACUGCCUCCUGUUGGUCUUCGGCGGCAUCCCCUGGCAGGUGUAUUUCCAGCGUGUUCUGUCCAGCAAGUCAGGACACAAGGCGCAGGUACUUUCCUACGUGGCUGCCUUCGGGUGCCUCAUUAUGGCAGUGCCCCCCGUCAUCAUUGGUGCCAUUGCGAAGGUCACGGACUGGAACCAAACAACGCUGGUCUGUGAGGCUGUUGAAACGUGCAUCUCCAGUAACCACACCGCCAUGAUUCUGCCCUUGGUCAUUCAGCACCUCACACCCCCCUUUGUCUCCUUCGUGGGUCUUGGCGCCAUUUCCGCUGCCGUCAUGAGCUCCGCAGACUCCUCAGUGCUCUCCGCGGCCUCCAUGUUCUCCAGGAAUAUUUGGAAGCUAAUUUUCAGACAGAAUGCGAGCGAGACUGAGGUGCUGUGGGUGAUGAGGGUUGCCAUCUUCUUCGUCGGGUUCCUGGCCACCACCCUUGCCCUCACCAUUCCUUCCAUCUACGGGCUGUGGUACCUCUCGUCGGAUUUGGUCUACGUGAUUCUGUUCCCGCAGCUCCUGAUGGUGGUGCAUUUCAAGAACCACUGCAACCUAUACGGCUCUCUGGGGGCCUACAUUCUGGGGCUCUUCAUUCGAAUCCUCGGAGGGGAGUCUAUCAUUGGCAUUCCAGCGAUCAUCAAGUACCCUUGGUAUGACGAGGAUACAGGGACUCAGCUGUUCCCCUUCCGCACCCUGGCCAUGGUCCUCUCCGGCCUGUUCUUGCUCUUCGCUUCCAUGCUGUCCAAGUGGGUGUUUGAGACAGGCCGCCUCCCACCCAAAUACGACGUGCUGCGCUGCGUCGUCAACAUCCCCGACGACGUGCAGCAGGUUGGCGACCCGCAGGAGGGAGAGAUGACCAUGAUGGCUUGUCACACCGUGGUUAAGUACAACGCCACAGGGGAGAUGAAUGGGCGUAUCAACCCAGCUCUUACACUUGGAUCAGAUAGUGAUGAGGAUAUUCCAGCUCCCACUACCACCACUGCCGACGGGAAGGUGAAGAAGCGUCUAGUUGGGGAGAUUAUUUCACCCCCCGCUAUCACCUCCCCGAAGAAACACGACCAGACGAAACUGUGAAACAAGUAAACAAGCCGGAGUUGAUCUCAGCACUCCGGCUCUCUGACGCUCCCCUGAGACGACCCCCGCACGCCCCUUGUCCCCGAGGUCACUCUAUUGAUCCCUGACCUUCCAGGAUCUCAACUAGUCUUCUGAACUGCUCUACAAGACUCCCCGGGGUUCAGGAGUCACGGUGUCUGGGGGGCUUAGCGCAGAGUCGCGUCUCAGCCCCUCGAGGAUCCCAGGAGUCCCACUUGAGCUGUAGGUCUUGUAGUGAUGUCAGACUCAAGCGUGGUAGUCAGCUUGUCAAGGGGGAAGGACAGGUGACGCACGAUCCUAUCUAAACUAUUCUCCAGUCUUGUCUGUAUACAUGUGCGGUUCCUUGCGUUGUGUCUCCUUUGUUUUUCAGGAGAUUCUUUUUUCCAUCCUUUACCUCAUCGCCUUUCCCUCCCCCUUUAGAAUUUUCAAUUAUGCGAUGUAAGUGUGUGCCUAGUACUACUACGUGCCCGUCGGUUAUUUUUGUAGACAGAUAUGUAGGUGUUUUCUAGUGAGAAUUUGUGGUGUUGCCGACCGCUUGGUGACUGUCCUGGUCUCUAGAGCAUCGCAUAGCAGAGGAGAAAGAGAAAGAGACAGACAGAGAGAGAGGCCUACCGCGUUGCUCCCCUCCGGCCGCGGGAACACCUCAGUCUAGCCAGGUUGCUUUGACUGGCGUCGUGUGGCGGUGCUCCCUCAAGGCACAUGUGUUUUGCUCAGCCGCCGCUUGCUGGAGUCGCCGCGAGGGUCGAGGAGUGAGUGAAAUACACCCACUACAGCACAUCGAUUUGUGAACAGCUCUCCGGAAGGACUUAGCAGCGAAUACGUGGAACAACAACGAUGCUGACACGCGGCUUCACUGACACCGCAGGACAAACUGAAGGUCAAGCAAAGAGGACUCGUCACUUCCCCUCGCUCAGGUAAGGUCCUGUUCACGUGCCAAUUGUGGACCUUGUAUCGCCAGGACCAGUAGCCGCCGCCCCUCGCCAGCUGAGAGGGACGCACUAUUAAUCACCUUGUGUAUAAUAAACUGAAGUAACAGCGAAGCACAGCUUAGUGACCACCACUGACCACCAGUGACCGCCAGUGACUCACGCCUCGACCCGCGCGGCGACGACCAGGAGAUGGAGAGGCGGACCAAAGGGGAGGAAAGUGGAGAUGAUUACGUGGUAUAUCACUGCGUAGGAUGGAUCAAACCCUUCAGUACUCCUGUUUUGUUAAUGGUGAGCCGUGGCGAGUGGCAGCCUGAAGCGUAGAGCGUAGGAUCACCAGCAAUAAUAUAAAAUAGUGGAAAAACCAUAAAAAAUAGCUGUUAGAGACGAGACUCCCAUCUGCCCGCGUAUCCCUUGGCUGACUUCAGCGCUCGUGUCUCCGCGGGCGCUGAGUCGCUCCUGGAUGUCAGCGGGUGUUUCUUUACUCAGUGUUUUCUUGAUGUCAGCGUGAGUGGUGAGUGGUGAGUCGGUGUCGUGCGUCGUGUGGUGCCCUUGUUCUGUUCCCUGGCGCCCGGGAAGCAUCACCGGGCGUCGCCAGAUCCCCCAAGGCACUGUUUUGUUGUGCUGCUCGGCGCCACAUUCCCGCAGCACCUGACGCCACUCCCAGUGUUUCCACGGCCUUUGUUUCCCGGGUAAGUCACGUCACUUGAACAUUUAUUUCCGUGUAUUUUUUUUUAUGCUUUGUUUUAUGUGGGGUGUAAAUUGUGCGUGGGAUGAUUUACCACGAGUCUUACAUUGGCGCUGUGUUCCCGCCUCGCCGGGGAUGCUGGGAAGUUAUGUGUAAUUCUUAGCUGUUUCCUGAUCGCUGUUAAUGUUGUUGUUGUUGUUGUUCUCGAGUGUUGGGGGAGAGAAGUGCACACCCGCGGCUGUUCUGGCGUGCACACACCCAAUGAAUCAUACCUACAUGUGCGUGUACGUGUAUAUGUACGUGUGUGUGUUUGUAUGUGUGUGUACAUUCUCUCACGCGUGCCACUGUGUAUAUGGUGUGUUGUUACGCCCACAGGGAGAUGCAGCCCCGCCAAUCCCCGCCAGUUCCCAGCCAGCCUCCCUUCAGUCACCCACUACCACCACCCCGUCCCUUCCAACCUGCUCUCCCGUAUAUUUUUUUUUUUACCUUCCCCAGGGACUUCCCACGCUGUUCUACCCCCACAUACCCUCUUUCCCAGGCUUCUCACGUCCUCUCACGCCCUUCACGCCCCUCAUACAUCCCCAAAGGGCGUCCUGAUUCCCUGAGACUUUUACAGGUCCUUUUUCACUCACCCCUCCCUCGUUACCUGUCAUUCCAUCACCUCCCGCCCCUCCUUCAAGCGCUGCCCAUGAGUAACGCCUGGCAGAGCAGCGAAGGGCGUCUUUCUCACUCGCUCUCUCUCUCUCUCUCUCACUCCUGUGGGUGAUGGUAUGUUCUUCCUGUCUCGCUUUCUCAGUUAUUUACAAGUUUUCUGAAUUUUGAAGAGCAUGUGUUGGUCUGACAUUUCUCAUCUUACUUCUUGUCCUCGUUCUCCUCCUCCUCCUCCACGUACGUACCUCAUAACCCUCCUCUUAUUGACUUACAGAUGAGUUCCGAUUCUUUUACAUUACGAAACUUGCUUAUUUUCUCUCCUUACACUUAAAGAACACGGAUUAAAGUCUAUGCUCUCGUUUUCUGUUUACUUCAUUGCCCCGUUUUUUGUUUGAAUCGGGGUUGGUGGCUGGUGGAGGCGGGGUUGGUAGAAAAGACGAGGGGCACUCCGAUUUUUAUGGUUGUGAUAUAUUUACCGCGAGUUCGAGACGGCUAACUCCACACUGGUCGAUGCGCUUCAGAAUUCAAACGUCGGUGCGUGUAGAGAAUUUAGACGUCGGUGGGUGUAGAGAGAGAGAUAGAGAGAGAGAGAGAAAGAGAGAGAGAGAGAGAGAGAGACUUGAGUGUGCUGAGUGUGCGAGUGUCCUUUCAAUUGAGUUGUUUUGUUGAUUCUUGCCUCCGCGUGACUGUCCAGGGCUCGUAUUUUCAAACACUUCAGCGUCUCACCAUCACUACUUUUACUGUGGCCUGGGAGAUUGUAUUGAAGUUUUCUGGAGCGUUUUCGUGGUUCUACUAGUAGUUUAACAAGUAUUUGGUAUCCUCAGUAGCAGAAACAUCCUUAAAAACGCGGCUAAUUCUCUCUGUGGCCUUUGAAAAUAAUCCUUGAUUUACCACUCUUACUUUCAACGUGCUGUAGAAGUUAUUGGGGUUUUCAGGAGUGUUUUCGUUGUUCUACUGGUAGUUUGACAAGUAUUCAGCAUCACCAGUGACAAAAACAGCCUUGAAAAUGCAACCAAUUCUCUAUGUGGCCUUUGAAAGUAAUUCUGGCGAAAGAACAAAGGUUUUCUGAAUACUGCCGCUGGUUUUCUCCCGGCGGCCAUCAAGCUCUGACGUCAGGGAAGAGCUCGUCUCUGAUUGGCUCUUUGUUCCCCGUCGCGGUGCAUCACUCAGCUGGCCGGACACGACGCGAGCAGCUUGACAUGGUUCUAUUGGUUCCUUUCCCUCAAGUACCUUAGUGAAAAAUAGCGUUACGAAGGGCAGUGUUUGUAAAUGUUUCACUCUCAUCCCGGAAUCUUUUUAUAAACUGGUUGUAGUGGUUAUUAGUGUUUUUCAGGGUGUUUUGGUGAUUCUAGUGAUGGUUUAACAAGGAUUAUACAUCAUUAACGAGCAUAACACCCAUGAGAACUCGGCUAAUCAUCUCUACUGCCUUUGAAAAUAGUCCUAAUGAGAGUUUAUUUAAGAACAUGAGCCUAAAUCUGACUAUAAUACAUUGCUGAUUUUCUUUCCUGAUUCAAGUACGUGCAGGACGAGGGUUUAAGAAAGGACACGAAGAAAGAGGGAACGCUUCAAGAUCAGGAUCAAGAGCAGCUAACCUUUCCCUUUUAAUUUUUCCACGCUGCAUCUGAACCACAUUCCGAGCGACCCCAGUUUUUAUUAAGAGUACAUAGGUGUUUUGUAGAUGCUUGUAGUGUUGUGUGUAGGAGUCUGUACAUAGAUGUUGUGAUGAAGGGAAAGAGAAAGAAAAUGUGCGUGCGGUGCCGAGGACGUCAUUUAGAUGAUUAUAAUGGAUACGUAUAUAUUUUUUCUUUAAAUAAUGUACGUACGUAACUGUAAGUCUCGGUGUUAUCUAGUGCGUAAAGAAAAUAUUUUUGUUGACCACCUAGUUACCAUUAAUCAGUUGGCGAGUCUUAUAUAAUUACUCAAAUCUUGAUGAAUGAGUUUGUGUUUUGUUGAUAUGAGGGUGCGUGAGGGUGGGACAGGUUACGGUCCAGUCAGGAUGGGGGGGAGGGAAGGUUUAGGGUCAAAGGUCAGUGCAGGUCACGUGGGGGACUGAGGUGACAUGGAGCAGGUUAAGUGAUGAAGCACCUGGUGGGAAUGUUAAACAAUAUGGCGUACAGGUCAGAUUCCCAGGACAAUUAGUGAUACCUGGUUAUGUUUUAAUGGGUUCCUGGCCUCGUUAGCGCACCUGUACUGGGAGAAUCAUCGGAAUCAUCAGGUGUCAACAUAUCAAUCAAGGUUACUCGGGAAAAAAUGGGAAACAUGAUACGAAAAGACACCAAAUUAGCUCGUUUACUGUUGAAGAAUCAUUAGAAUCAUUAAGUGCGGCGGAUAUUAACAUAUCAUUCAAGGUUACUUAGAAAAAAAAUAAAAGGAAAAUACAAUACAAAAGACAACCAAUUAACUACUAGAGUAAGUAAGGGUUUACUCAUAAGGGCGUGGCUGCGAGUGACUCUUGUUGGUACCGCGCCCUUAGCCACCCUUCAGAAUAGUAUUACAUUAGGAAAGGCUUUCUCCUGUUAUCAUUAGUGCUGUUUCCCGCCUAUUGUUUCCCGAGGGAGCGUUCGUCCUCCUUCGUAAAUUGUUCGGACUUGUUUUUAUCACACUUGUUGUCAUUCCUAAGGUUAUUCGAGUAUUUGUUAUCUUAAUAUCGUGGGUGAUGUGUUUAUUUUUAUUUAUGUAACUCUUUCUUAGCAUUUGUUAUGUCUAUUUCUACUGAUAUAUAUAUUUUUUUCAUUUACGUCAAGUUAUUCCGGAGUUUUUUUUUUGUUCUAUUGAGGACGAUUUUUAAAAUUUUUUUUUCAUUUACGUAACUUUAUCCAAGCAUUUGUUAUUUGUAUUGCUACUACGAGUGCUUUUGUUUUCAUUCACGUCAUGUUUCCUUCCAGCAUUUGUUCUCUCUAUUUCUACUGAGAAUUAUUAUUAUUAUUUUUUUUUCAGUCGCGUAACUUUAUCCCAGCAUUUACUAUUUGUAUUUCUACUGCGUUUUUUUUUUCUUUCUUUUUAAUUCACAUAAUUUUUCCAAGUAUCUGUUCUCUUUACUUCUACUGUAAGUGAUUUGUUUUUUACUCACGAGUCACUUCUCCAGCCCACUUAUACCACUGUCCCUCAAGGAGUAAUUAAUUUCUUAUCAUGCUUGUCAUCCCAACGUUAUCCAGGUAUUUGUUAUAUUUCUACCGCUAUCUGUCUGUUGUUCAUUCACGUUUCCCCAGCCCACGUCGUCGCUGUUCUUCAAAGAGUAAAGAAAGAGAUUAUAAUUAUAGCAUACGUAUUGUUGAAUUUUGUCAAUAUCAUUUAUAUAACAAAAGCAAUAUUAUACAUGCACAUAUAUGUAUGAUGAGCAAAGAAGGAUAUUAAAAAAAGACUAAGUAAAUAUUGUUCGGUGUCUACGUGCAUAUAUAUAUACAUAUAUAUAUAUUU